CGCGCGCGGCUGAGAAAAGUCCACUUCGGUUUUUCCGUGAAGCUCCAAAAAUCUAUGAAAUGUGUUUGCAUGUUCCUCUCCGCGAGCGGGGAUGUAGAGAGAGAGGUGGGAUCGCAAAAGGAGCGAGGAAGCUCGGGGAACCCACGCGCUCAGCCUUCGGAGAAAGUGCGCUCCUCGGCCGGGAAACAAACUGACAUCAAACGUCUCCGGCUCCUUUCGGCGCCUGUCACCAGCGGACUGAGCCGGACUGCGCUCACGGAAAAGAAGCUUUUUUCUCUCCUUCUCCCCCCCAUUGCCUCUGUUCUUGUUUUUGUCACCUCGUUCGGCUCGGCGGGCAGGCAGGCUGAGGGGGGGGACAGAGGAGGGAGAGAGAGAGAGGGAGAGAGAGAGAGAGGAGGGAGAGAGACGGACCGCUCGGACUCUAGGAGCCCUCCCCUCUGCUCGGAUCUGCUGUGGUAGCUACCUGAUAACCCAUGGAAGAGCGUGGCUGAGGGCUGAGCUGUAGUGGGGGCAGAAGGCUUCAGUGCCUGUCUGUCGCUGGCUGGCCGGUCCGCUGAGGUGAGGCGCCACUCUCACCGGAGCAAAGAACGGGCCGCAGAAAAGUUCGCCUGACCCUGCCCCCUUUCCACCCUCACUUCCAACCCAGGCACCCACGCUCUGGACCAUGUCUAGCGGGCUGUCGGAGGGGGGCCAGACCAAGGACCUGGUGCAGAGCAGCUGCAAACCGGACUCUCCUGUCACAGAGCGCAGGAAUCGAAGCGGGAUCAUCAGCGAGCCCCUCAGUAAGAGCCUUAAGAACUCCCGCACCCUCUCCCAGUACACAGCAGUCUCCUCUGCCACCACCAAUGGACACACGGACGGUAGCGCAACAAAGAGCCACUCGGCCAAACCUCAGCCGCCCCCGCCGGCUCAACCUACUGUCUCAACGCUAACAGCAGCCAAGUUGGACCGGACCUUAGAACAAGUUCUGGAGGGACAGAAUGGCCUGCUGCACUUUGCCCAGGCAGCAGCACUGUUAAAGCGGGCCGGGAUGGAGCACAUGCUCCUGCCUGGGGGCAUGGGAGUGGGAGUUGGCGGCGGAGAUACGGGCUCGGGGGCUAACGACUUGGAGGGCAGGUCUGUCGCGGAUGCCGUAGGUGGUCCAGUUGACUUCCCAUAUGGAGUAGGGGGCGGCUUCCCCUUCAACCCGGGGCUUUUCAUCAUGACGCCGGCGGGAGUCUUUCUGGCGGACAGCGCGCUUCACAUGGCUGGCCUGGCCGAGUACCCAGCGCAGAGCGAGCUGGCCUCUGCCAUCAACUCCGGGAAAAAGAAACGGAAACGCUGCGGCAUGUGCCCACCGUGCCGGCGGCGGAUUAACUGCGAGCAGUGCAGCAGCUGCCGGAACCGAAAAACGGGCCACCAGAUCUGCAAGUUUCGCAAAUGUGAGGAGCUAAAGAAGAAGCCGUCUGCUGCUCUGGAGAAGGUGAUGCUUCCUGCGGGAGCGGCRUUCCGGUGGUUCCAGUAGGACUCCUCCACGGCUCCCUACCCAAAGCUCUGCCAUCAAGUGCAAUGCCAACUCCUGGAUUGUCUCCAGAACACAGAACAGACACUGGUUAAUAAACAAACUGGCAAUGAAUAAAGAUAUAGAGAAAGGAAGAAUAAUAAAAAAAGAGAAGCAGAAAUUUAGAAGAAAAAAAAAACAAUCGGAUAAUAGAUGCACCUACUUAAUCCUUGAACCAAAAAUGAAAUGUAAAGAAAAGCAUCUAUGGCAACUUUUCAUUCCCUUUUGUAUGUUUCCAUUUUGGUACCUUUUUUUUGUUUGUUUUUCUUUUUCUUUCUUUUUCUCUGUUGCUUCAACACAGAACUGCUUGUUGCCAGAAACAGAAAUGACGGACUGAGUGUGGACAAUCAAACUUAUUUCUGUGUUUGGUGUUAAUGUUGUUCAUGUGUGGAACGAUCCAGUACUCACGUAGAGAAUGUAAAUUUACAGCUAUAUGACAAGUGGCUAAUGGAAAAACAUUGUAAUUUCUCACCGUUACCUUCCUGAAAUCCUCGUCUGUUUUAGGAUUCGUUUUCAAUGAAGGGGAUCGUUUAAAAUUUCUUUUUUUUUUGCUGCCAAAUUGGUGAAAGAGGUUUAAAUUGUGACGUUGUCAGUUUGAUACUGAAAUGAAACUGAAUAUUAUCAUUGGGCAGAGCUCCAGAGAGUCUUCACUGGAUUGAUGCUGCUUUUUUAUAAUUUGCCAGAGCUGUCACUACUGUAAUCUCCUCAAUAAGCCCUCCUCUGCAUUUCCAAACUUUAACUUUUUUAUUUUAUUUUAUUUUAUUAGUGAAAACUGGCAGCCUUAUUUUACUGUUGCCCUACUGAGCAAGUGCCAAUACUGCUCCGGGCAAUCGCACCAAGAGACAGCACUUGCUACCCUACUGAACGCACUGAGAAAAACAUUGCAUUUUUAAAAAGUUUGUGUUUUUUUUGUUUUGUUUUUGUUAUAAAUUUCAUGAUUUUGUUAAGUUGCAGAGUAGCUAUACAGCUUUUUAAAAAAAUAACUCAAUAUUUGUACUUGUUUAGAAGAUUGGACUGGUUUUGUGAAUAAAAAGGAAUGCAUGUAUUUGUGUCAAAUUUUAUAGUUCUGAUGUUUGUCUAAUUGUCCGUUUGCAUGUGUUUUUUCUUUUCUUUUUUUAAAACAGUGACUAAAUGAAAUAUUGAGUUUAGUACUUUGUUUUUUUACACAGGUGAAAUGAAACAAAUGCUCCCAUUUUUUCAUAUGAUUGGACGGCAUGACAAGAAAAUUUCGUACUCCAGCAAAAAAAAAUAAUAAAAAAAAAAAAUAAAAAGGAAAAGAAAAGAAAGAAAGAAAGAAAAGUCCUUCAGGUGGUGGUCCCGAUCACCGUGAUGUUGGCUGAGAUAUCGCUCUUGUUGCCUAUGUAAUAUCUUCCUACACUGGAAUGAUGAAGCCUUGCUGUGCUCAAAUGUAACCAAAAUGAUUUAAAAAGAUGUUUGAAUAAGAAA